AUCAGCUGAUUCGGUGAGUGAGAAAACCAGAAAAUUGUAUAAGUUGUAUUUCAUUUUAACGAGAUUGAUUUAACUAAUUCUGUUCCACGUAAACAAUUUUCCUUUAAUUUCUUUUAAUUAAAUUGUUAUAAUCAAGAGUAAAUUCUAAUUGUCCAUCGGAAUCAAGAAUCAACGGAUAAAAUGAAUUAUAACAAGAGGAAAAAUGAAGAACAAGAAGAAUCAAACAAAAGGAUUUGCCAGGUAAUGGAUAGCAAACUGUUAGAUGUUAAAAAUGCUCUGGAUCAAGUUAAAAGUCUUUUCUCCAAUCAGCUAUUUGGUGAUAAUUUUCCUUCCAUCAUGUGGAAACAUCAAUGUUAUCCUUUAAUUAAGAAUCGGAGUAAAGUUGAUAUUGAAUUGAGUAAAUUCUGUGAUGAUGGAUUAAUUGUUUCAUUCAAAUUAGGAAGUACCAUUACUAAUACUGAUACUGCCUUAAUCUACACUGAGGAUUAUAUCAAUUAUUUACGAAGUAAUUACAAUGGAAACGCUCUGGAGAAAUUCAUUGAUAAAGUGUUGACGGUAAAUUCAUCUUCAACUUAUACCUCGACUCAGCUUAAGAAUGAAUAUCAGUUCACCGAAGAUCAAAUCAAAGAAUUAGUUCAUAAUGGAGUGUUAGCUGUUCAUCGAACUGUUGGUUCAUGGUUACUGUCUCUUCCCAAUUGUGGCCACUUUUAUAAGACCUUUACCGCUGGUCGAAAUGCUCUACUAUCCAUGAUCAAGAGAACAAAGUACCAUGAGGUCAAUCGAACUGAACUGUUUGCUCGAAAGUUGCCCAAAGAUGUUCAACUUGGAAUCGCGUAUCAUGUCCUCGAUUUAAUCGGCGGAGAUUUCGUCCAAUGCACCGAAUAUCCAAAUGGAACAAUGUUACGAUUACUGUGAUAAAAUACAAUUAAUUUGGAGAAAAUUUCAGAGAAAGUUCAAAUUACUCAUUAUCCAUGGAUUCUUAUCAAAUUUCUUUACAAGUUUCGCCAAGUGAUAUAAUUUAUUUAAUUUAAACUACAUUCUCUUUUCUUUUUAAAAUGUUUGUUGGCAAAUGAGGUUCAAUGAAUCCCAAUCACGAUUAAUACACAAAUCACAAUUGUGAUAUUUUUCUGGUUAA